UGAAAUUUUACUUGGAAAUAUUUAGCUUGUAUCUACACUAGAUAAUCACCGAUACUAAGAUGAGAAGUAUUUUAUUCUAGUAUUUAAGUAAAGUUUGUAUUUAGUUUUUUUCUUUUGCAAACUGCAUACAAUCAUCAACGUAGAGAUUUUACAUAUAGUUCGACGCGAUUUCUAGAAGGAUUUCAAAUUUGUAUCUGAUGUGAUUUUGACUGUUUUGUCCAUUCUUUCAAGGGGAGUUGUCUCCGUUCACUCGAUAGAAAAAAGAAAAGAGGAGCAGGCCCGAACUUUUGAGUAAGACUUUUGAGGAUUUUGGCGGCUGGGGCACAAUUCCGCCCUGUGUCAAGUACCAUCGCGGCGCGUAAACGGCCUGGAGCUGAGGUGCUUCUACGGCUGGAGCGAAUACGUUGCAGAGAACGCUUCAACGGUUAAGACGCGGGAAAUGCGUCGUCGUCAUCAUCUUCGUGAAGGGCUUGUACAGUUGGAGUUGCGACAUUUCCAGGCUACGACGACUGCAAUUCCGUCGCAAAUUGAUUCGUUAUGGGACAGCUAUUCGGUGGUCGUUCUGUGCUUCUUCGGAGUGUCUCAAACAGCGAGAGGAUGAGGAAGGUGCGAGAGGGUCGUGCUUCGGAAGCGAGUUUUUUAAGACAGAGGAGAAGGCAGCCACAUUGAGCAUGUCUUUCAGUUACGGCAGUGGUGUGCAGAAUGCAGUGGAAUACCUGCAAAUGCUGGCUUUGGAAAGAAUGCGAAGUCUGGAGUGGACAUUUUAAGAAUGUCUGAUAAUGCUCGUCCAAGGCAGAAUGCUCUACAGCCGCCUCCGCCUAGGCCUACACCUCCGCCUCCGCCUCCACCACCAUCGCCACCGCCGAUUUCAAACGUCGAUGGCAACCAGAGAUCUGGGACUUCUGCCCAACGACCUAGAAAAGCACACACACCGAAAUCUAGAGGAAAUAAAGAAGCGGCGAAAUUGCGACAUGAGAAACCAGAAACCCCGCGUGCUCAGAGUCCGGCGUCUUCUAGUGGACAAUCGGCUGCAAGCCCGCGAUCACCGCAAGUAGGAAGUUCGAGGAGCCCCGGUGGGAAUUCCGCAUCAACUCCGCGAUCGACGCAAUCAAGAAGUUCAGGAGGCGCAGGCUCCAAAUCAACCGAAAUUUCGCUGCAAUCAGCGAGUUCUCAAUCGCCAGCAAGAACCAGGUCUCCUGCGGGGAGCUCUGAACCAUCCAGUACACAUCCACAGGGUGGAUCUUCUGCUGAGAGCUCCAACGAUCAAGCCUCUUCGAGAUCAAGGUCACACCAACACGCUAGUAGUACGUCCGCAGGUGAGUCUUCUUCUGGUACAACCAAGCCUCGAUCGCACGGUCAAUCUUCUACUGGAACCUCUGGCAAAACAGCUAGUGAGUCUUCUUCUGGUAAAAGCAAGCCUCGAUCGCUCGUUCAAUCUUCUUCUGGAACCUCUGGCAAAACAGCUAGUGAGUCUUCUUCUGGUAAAAGCAAGCCUCGACCGCACGGUCAAUCUUCUUCUGGAAUCUCUGGCAAAACAGCUAGUGAGUCUUCUUCUGGUAAAAGCACGCCUCGACCGCUCGGUCAAUCUUCUUCUGGAACCUCUGGCAAAACAGCUAGUCAGUCUUCUUCUGGUAAAAGCAAGCCUCGAUCGCUCGGUCAAUCUUCUUCUGGAACCUCUGGCAAAACAGCUAGUGAGUCUUCUUCUGGUAAAAGCAAGCCUCGAUCGCUCGGUCAAUCUUCUUCUGGAACCUCUGGCAAAACAGCUAGUGUGGGUGAUGAUGCAUCGACAUCAAGUGUGUCAAGCCGAAGACGGCACAAAAGGAAACACCGCCAGAGAAGGAAAGAUGGACAUGGAAGUGAGAAAAGUAGCCCGCCUACUCCCGGGAGCCCAGGCCGGUCAGGCGCAACGUCGGAAACUAGCGUGGGUAUUUCUGGCGGGGCUUCAGAUGUUUCUGCUUCUUCGAAUAAGCAGCAGCAGCAACAACAACAACAACAAUCAAACCAACCGCAUGUACAAAAGCAGACAGCUCCUCCAAUCCAAAAUUCAGAAGUUUCUACGUCCUCGAGUAAUCAAAAACAGCUGAAGCAACAACGACGACAACAAUCAAAACAACCACAUCAACAAAAGCAGACAACUCCUCCAAUCCAGGCUUCAGAAGCUUCUACUUCCUCGAGUAAUCAAAAACAGCUGAAGCAACAACGACGACAACAAUCAAAACAACCACAUCAACAAAAGCAGACAACUCCUCCAAUCCAGGCUUCAGAAGCUUCUACUUCCUCGAGUUAUCAAAAACAGCUGAAGCAACAACGACGACAACAAUCAAAACAACCACAUCUACAAAAGCAGACAGCUCCGCCAAUCCAGGCUUCAGAAGUUUCUACUUCCUCGAGUAAUCAAAAACAGCUGGAGCAACAACGACGACAACAAUCAAAACAACCACAUCUACAAAAGCAGACAACUACUCCAAUCCAGGCUUCAGAAGUUUCUACUUCCUCGAGUACUACAACACAACAACAAAAACAACCACAUGUGCAACAGAAGACAGCUCCUCCGAUUCAGGCUUCAGAAGUUCCUGUGUCCUCCAGCAAUCGACAACAAGCAGUACCAAAAAGAACAAAAAGACCACAACUGGGACACCAGACACCUCCGUCCGUGCAGUCUUCACAAAGUUCUGCAUCUUCCAGUAGGGAUAAGCACCUCCCGCGACAGGAAACAGCGCGGAAGGGAGAAGCUAAGGAGCAUAGAAGCAGGUCUAGAAGGCGCAGACGAAAACAUAGAGAUAAGAAACAUGUUUCGGAAAGCGAUGCAGUUCAGGAUGGCAAAGAUUCUAAAAAAUUGCCUGUCAGAGUGGAGUCCACGGAGUCAGACAAAGAUGAACGGAAGCUCGGUCGUGCAGAAAAAUCUCCAGUCGAUUCUCAGAACCCUACUACUUCAUCUACCGAUCAAGCUGAGUCCACGAAGAAUGAGUUUGGCAACCUGGACCACCUGAUGAAAAUACAAAGAAGACAGAGCUUGCUAGCACAAAACCCUGCAAAAGCGAACCUGAUCGUCGGCCAGGAGCCUAUCAAGCGAGAGAAGAAACGUCGCAGAAAGCAUCGGAAAGGACACACUAGCUCCGAUGCUACGACAGAUGCUGGAAGCGUCGAAGGUCUCCUAGAAGGAGACGUUUUUGCAAAACCUAUCAGUAACGAACUCUUCGAGAAGAACCCGUCCACAAAUACAACUGCAACUCCCAGAAGGGCAUCUAUGAUUGCAACCUUGAUGCAAAAACAGAGUGUUCAAAAAGGAUCAAGUGUGCUAGAAGAUUCAAGGAUUGUCCGGCCCUCACAAUUGCGUGCUUUGAAUACGAAGGUUUCUGGUGUUACCGGUGACCCUGUCUUUGAUCAAUCUUUGAGCGUUUUUUUCAACAAUGACCUCUUUGAAAAUAAAGCGCAUGACGCUUCCAAAAAGUCUGGAUCAGUUUUUGUUGCCCUUCCAAUUCCGCCUUCUGGUGUGGUUUCUGAUCCGAGAGAGGCUCUUGCCCAAGCUGGCUGGGUAAAGUCCCAUCCGAAUGACCCACUGGAAGAGACAGGCAGAAUGUCUACACUCGAGAGGUUUGAUAAAUACCAAAGAGCAAUGGGUAGUGGUUCGCAUGAAGCAGUAGCGAGAGAAGGUUCUUUCCCAGGCAACUCUGACGCAGAGAUGGGUCAAGACACAGCAACUUUCAUGAACUCUGCUCCGAUGGAAUCCGAUUUGAAUGGAGCUUCCGCCACAAACCGUGGGAUGUCUGGCAGCAUCAUGUCACAACCCGUAGUGAUCGAUGACCCAAACAACAUGGGAAUACCUGACCUCUGGUCACAAGGCUUCGAAUUUGAUCCUGCUACAGCGUGGCAGCAGCAAUCCGCCAGUAUUCCACUUGAGGGCAGUCCUCCUCAGGACCAACCGAUGGAGUUUCAAGCUGACCAGCAGUUUGGGGAUGGUACGGGCAGUAUGACGAAUUUUGGAGAGCAAUACGGGGACAGUAUGCAAGAUUCGGGGUUCAACAGUCCGGAAGUUCUCAAUCCUCUUCUGGAGGAUAAUAUUGGAACUUUGAUGAGUGGAUCUCACGGCUUCACAUUCGAUAGCUACGCAAGAAUGAACUUCUCGGCGCAACCAGCUGGAAUAUGGCCGUUGAGCAUAUGGAAAAGGUUGAAAAUUGAUGUACUACUCAUGUACACAAAGGCAAGCCAGCAUCCUUGUGCCCCUUUAAGCUCCUGGCAGGAACCUCUAGGAGAACCACUGCUCCGGACUGUGCCAUCCAAAUUGAGGAGAAAAGCUUUGGCUGUGUUUGCACAUCUGAUGGCUUACAUGGGCGAUGUUCCCACUAAACGAGGACGUAUCUUCCACAUACAUCAAAUAUUAUCCGCUGGAAUUAAAUAUGCUGGCUUGCGAGAUGAAGUUUUUACCCAGAUCAUUAAGCAAACAACUUCCAAUCCGAGCAGGCUUAGCAAUGUGAAGGGUUGGCAAGCCAUGGCCCUUUGCUGUGGCACUUUCCGACCUUCUGAAGUUUUCUAUCCCUACUUGGAUGCUUAUCUUGAACAGGUGGCUGGUGGAAAUAUUUCCAGGAAAGGGACGGCGGAUACUUUGGGCAUGUUGGAACAAGGUAUGGUCAACCCUGCAGAGGCAGCAGCAUACUGUCUUGAAAGAUUGCGGAAGGUUAAAAAUAUAGGCCCCCGACAUCUGCUUCCUCUGUCGAAGGAGAUUGAGGCUGUUGAGAAUAUGGACACUCUCCCUCGCGAAGUUAGUCUACCUGAUGGCACUUGGCAGGCAUUUAUUCUACGGCCAAUGGAUACCUCGGAAGAGGUAGUGACACAUUUAGUCAAUAUUCUUGGACUUUUUGAGGCGCGCUCUUAUGGCUUGUACCAGCUGGAUUCCAACGGAGUGGAGAAGCUGAUAGGAUCCAACUCAUACAUUCUGGAGGUUGAAGCUAGUUGUAACACUCUAGUUUCUACCCCUCAGAAUAUCCAGGAUAUUCGAUUUGGGGCCAAGACUAUAUUGAAAUUGUCGAGGUUUUUUUGCGGUUCAGAAGAUGAUCAUGUGGAAGAUAGUUUGAGCACUGUAGUCCUGGGAUCUGGAUCUGGAGGGCAAUCCCAGUUCUCUGAAGGCAACCUGCAUAUGCUGCUGAAGCGCAAGCUAUAUUUAGUUGACCUGGAAACGUUACCUCCAGCCUCAAGACAGGCAGUUUUGUCCUUUGAGUAUGCACAGGCAAUUCAUGACAUAGUCCAGGGUGUACAUAUUGUUUCCGAGGGGGAUGCCAUGAUGCUUGGAGCCAUGCAGCUCAGAGCAGAUUUGGGAACCUCACGUGUUGAGCCAGAAAUUCUUGCAGGUAUAGAUGGUUCGAAGUAUGGGCCUCAGUACUGUGUGCAAGGGAAUGAAGGUGCUUGGAAGGAUGCGAUUGCAACAACACUUUAUGCUUUGCCUCCCUCGGAUAAUGUAAUGAGUUGGAAGCAAGAUUACAUUGACUAUGUGAAAAGUCGAUGCCCUCUAUACGAGGCUUGCCGUUUUUUUGUGAGGCCACUUUCGAAUCCUGCAAUGCCGCGGGAAAUGUAUUUGGCUGUGGCUUCAACCGGGGUUUCCUUUGUCGAUGCGAAAUCAAGGGAAUCAAUUAAUUUCUUAGAGUACGCGGAAAUUGCUAGCUGGGGCUACACGCCAACAGUUUUCUCCAUCAUCGUCGGAAGCAUGUCUAUCAGUACAGACAAUCAAUUUGAGACCACUCAGGGUUUGGAGAUAGCGAACGUCAUUCAGCUGUACGUGGAUCUUAUACAAAGCAUUCAGGAGAAAUCUGGCCAAGCUGAACCAGCACUUCAAGAACAACUGUGGGAUCCCUUGCAAGGAGUGUAAGGUGGCUUUGAAUAGGUCCCUUCACCAACGGCAGAUGGAUCUCAAGAAUCGGAGAUCAGGCAAGACAUGCAACGCACCGACAAGUCUAAAGAACUCAAUCUGUCCAGGAGAUUUUCCUUAUCGUAGACCCAGGGCAGUGUUAAGUUUCAUCUUCUCGGCCUUCCAUCUUCUCACCAGGAUUCAGGGAGGAAAUUAUUCAAACCUUCUCUGAGAGGCAAGACAAGUUUGGAAACGACCUCCCUUCUUGCCACCAGGUGAACUGGAACAAGCUACUCCAGCUGCACCUUCUACAGAGGAUUUAUUCCGUCCACCGCCACAGUUGUCGGAAGUACCAGAGGAGGGAAAUCACAGUUUCUGUGAGCGCAAUCGGAAGCAAAAGAAGGGAAAGCAUCCAGAGAAUCUUCAGAGGAAGGAUCUGAUGAAAGACAACAAGCUGAAUAGAGCCCAGGAUAUCCCCAAAAUAUCGGAAACGAAAGAAGGAUAAAGACCACGAAGAAAAUUCAAAGGAAGGAUAUGAGGCAAACAAAAAAGCUUGAUCAUCAGCGCCAAAUAUAUCCCAAGAUUCUCGGACACGAAAGAAACCUGAUAUACGCCACAAAGAAUCUUCACAUCGAGCAAAGGCCAUAUUUUGAAACAGAGAAACCCAGAAGCUUCCAUCCGCAACAGUUAUUGAUCAAGGCCGCACUUCUCGGAAAUGAGCCAACCUUAAUCUCAACCGAAACAACAAAAUACUCAGACAGAUCAUGGACGUGUAAGGAGAUGAAGAUCAUCUUCAGGAGAAACUUGCUGACCAGUCUUCAUGGAGAAUUCUAACGAGUCAUCACCUCUGAUUCAGAAUUACUUCAACUUACAUGGAAACUUUAUGAUUUCGACACACCUACUGACUAGCGGAUCACAUCUAUCCGAUGAGGUACAAGUGGAAAUAGAGCUUUGCUAUGCAACUUGUCUUGGCAGCACUUGGUGCAUGCUCAAUUUUGUAGCUAGAUUAUUAUUUUUGCCAGAUUUUUCUAUGAUGAAGGUCCAUAUCUGAAGACAAGUCAGCAUAUGCAACAGAUGUAGACGAAAUUCAGUAACUGUACAUUUAUUUCGUGAUUGUAAAUUGCCGAUGAGAUAAU